GGGGCGAGAAAAGCGGCGGGGGAGCGGCCGCGGCGGCCGUGGGUGCGGGCGGGCGGCGGAGCGGCGAUGCGCCUGACGCAGAGCAUGUGCACCAUCGCCGAGUGCGCGCCCGGCGGGGACGCCUGUCCCGCCGCUGCCGCCGCCCGGCCCCGCCUCGUCAAGAUCGCGGUGGUGGGGGGCAGCGGCGUGGGCAAGACAGCGCUGGUGGUGCGGUUCCUCACCCGGCGGUUCAUCGGCGACUACGAGAGGAACGCAGGUAAUCUCUACAGCAGGCACAUCCAGAUAGAUGGAGAGAUGUUGGCUAUUCAAGUGCAAGACACUCCAGGAGUCCAGGUCCAUGAACACAGUCUGGAUUGUAAUGAGCAGUUGAACAGAUGCAUUCGCUGGGCAGAUGCCCUGGUGAUUGUCUUCUCCAUCACAGACUAUAAGAGCUAUGAACUACUCAGUCACCUUUACCAUCAUGUUCGACAGCUGCAUCCAGGAAACACUGUCCCUGUUGUCAUCGUUGCAAACAAAGCUGAUCUCUUGCAUAUCAAAGAGGUGGAACCUCAGCAUGGACUUCAGCUGGCCAACAUGCUGGGCUGUACUUUCUAUGAAGUAUCAGUCAGUGAAAACUAUAAUGAUGUCUUCAAUGCCUUCCAUCUCCUCUGUAAAGAAGUCAGUAAGCAGCAAACAACCAGCACCCCUGAGAGGAGGAGAACAUCUCUUAUUCCACGGCCAAAGUCACCCAACAUGCAGGAUCUGAAGAGAAGGUUCAAGCAAGCUUUGUCUGCCAAAGUGAGGACUGUCACUUCUGUUUGACAGCAGAGCCAUUGGUCUUCCCAGCCUCAGUCCCAGCUUGAGAUUGAAACCUGGAGCAUUCAACACUGGCGCAUCUAGAGUCCAAGGCAUUGUGAAAGCAGGCUGGUUCAGGCAGCGUUUGCAUGGCUGUAGCAAAUGCUUGUUUCUUAAAAAAGGAACGGUGGCAGGUUGGAAAAGGGAAAAUAAAACAACAACCCAAACUCCUGAAAUGGUUCUAGUAUGUGACUUAUAGAAUGAGUAUUCUAAUUUGGAGAAGGAACUUUCCAGUGAAUGAAACAAGUUUACUUUUUCUCCAGUCAGACAGAUUGGGCUUUCAUUUGUGCAGAAACAAUCUUUUAGCUGUAACUCAACUUGUACUUGAGCAGGAAAACACCCUGAACUGCAGUUCACUGUUCAGAUGUAAUCACUUGAGUAUUGCUUUCACAAGGAUGAAGGGCAGCAUGAUGUAUCUGUUUAAUUUAAUUGCACGGUAGAACAGUAUAUUUCCCAUGUAUUUCGGAGCAAAUAAGCAAACAUGAAAUUGUUCUGUAAAAAUAAGUGUAAAAUAAGUGGACAUGACUGAGUAUCAAGACUGUAAAAAAUGGUGUUUUAUUUUUUUACUAGCUAUGUUAUUACUGACAACUUGAACAGACUUCAUAUGCGAAACUCUUGUCUUCAGGGUAUGAACACACCUAAUUACGAAUAACUUGUGGGCUUUUUUUACUGUCUGAAAAAAAUCCUGUCCAGACUAAAUGAUCCAAUAUGAAGGUUUUGAGGAAUAAGCCUGGAGCUGGAGUGAUAGUCCCUUAUAGCUGCCACUGUAAGAUGCACCUCUGUGUGCAACAGGCACAGAAGCACAGCUGGCUCCUGGCAAUGAAGCUGGUGGUUUGUUCAGAGCUGAGCCACUCCCUUUUCAUCCUUAAACACAGGUGGCAGUUUCAUAUGUACAUAAUUUUAUUUUUAAUUACAUUGAGCCAAUGGAGUUCACAGGCUAAAAGGCCUUAUACACAUGCACUUUAAAAAGCCAGUUGUGCUUUUGUUUAAACUGUAACUUAUUUAUUUCGUGUACAGUUACUCCUCAUAGGGAGUGGAAUUUUCUUUCUUACUGCCUGGUUCAACAUUAAAUUUCUGAAUUGAG